AGGAUUUUCCCGCUGCUCACCGAAUUGCAGCCUCCGCUUUUCUCCUCCUCCGGUGACAGCUCGAGCUGCAUCCUAAAGCGCGCGCGCACACACACACACACACACACACACACACACAUACAGUGCUGCAGUCCCAUCACGUCCGCGCGCCUCCAUCCGCUUCAGCGCGGAGCAGAAGAAGAGCGAUGCAUCGUAUGAGAACGCGCGCGCGGCUCAACCGGAGCGACAUGGAGAACAUCAGUGACCACGUGCAGUGAAGGAGCUCCCGAUGUCAUCCACUUUCAGAGGAACGAUGCUGUGGAUCGUCCUGCUAAGCAGCAUCAGCGUCGCGCUCGUCCGGACGACUCCCAUCCCUCUUCUGGAUGAAUCAGAGGAAAUUGACGAACCUUGUUUCCAUCCCUGCUACUGCGAGGUGAAAGAGGGACUGUUCCACGUCCACUGUGAUGGCAAAGGUUUCACCAACGUCAGCCAGGUGGCUCACUCCUGGAUCAGACCUUUUAAGCUCUACCUGCAGAAGAACACCCUGCGCAAGCUUUACUUUAACAACUUCCUGCACCUAAACAACACUGUAGCCGUGAACCUGGGCAACAACGCACUGCAAGACAUCCAAGCCGGUGCGUUUAAUGGAUUGAGCUCCCUGAAAAGGCUUUACCUCCAUGAGAACAAGCUGGAAGUGUUCCGCAAUGAUACGUUCCUCGGCCUGGAGAGCCUGGAAUACCUGCAAGCCGACUACAACGUCAUCAGGCGGAUUGAGAGCGGCGCGUUUAGACACCUCCACAAACUCCGGGUGCUGAUCCUCAAUGACAACCUGAUACCUGCGUUACCACCAUUCCUCUUCAGAUCUGUCUCGCUUACACACCUGGACCUCCGAGGAAAUCGUCUAAAGACUCUGAGCUACCGAGGAGCACUGGAGUACAUCGGGAGAAACCUGAUGGAGAUCCAGCUGGAGGAGAACCCAUGGAACUGCGCGUGUGAUAUUGUCCAGCUGCGGGCCUGGCUGGAGAGAAUACCGUACACAUCUGUGGUGGGAGAGAUCACGUGUGAGUAUCCAUUCCACCUGCACGGCAAAGAUCUCAGAGAGAUCAAACGGCAUGAGCUCUGCCCAACGCUGACGGAUGCCGAAGUUGAGGCCAAUCUAGGCAUCCCUCAUUCAGCAGGAAGAGCGAGACCAACAAAGCCUUCGUCUAUGUUCUCCGCAAACCAGAACACAGUGUCAUCUGUGGAACAGAAGAACCUGAAACCAACACGAAGGCCAAGGCCGUCAAAAACUCCGCCCACACCACGCAGCAUUUAUCCAAACCAUCCUCCAAUCGCUGGAUAUGAGACGAGGCCUCCCAUCCCUAUCAUCUGCCCCAUUGGGUGCACCUGCAACUUGCACAUCAACGACCUCGGCCUGACUGUGAACUGCAAGGAGAAUGGAUUUCACAAUGUUUCUGAGCUAACGCCACGACCGCUAAAUGCAAAGAAGCUCUACCUGAGUGGGAAUCUGAUCCAGAGGAUACACAGGUCUGACUUUUGGAAUUUUUCCAGUCUGGAUUUGUUACACUUGGGAAACAACAAAAUAUUUUACAUUCAGGAAGGUGCAUUUGGCAACUUACCCAAUUUACGCAGCCUGUAUCUAAAUGGGAAUAAUAUCGAGAAGCUAACGGCGGACAUGUUCCACGGCCUGCAGAGUCUGCACUACUUGUAUUUUGAAUAUAAUGAGAUAAAGGAAGUUCAGCCAGCGGCAUUUAGCCCGAUGCCUGCACUUCAGCUUUUGUUUCUGAAUAACAAUCUUCUACAUUCGCUUCCUGUAGGCGCAUUCGAGGGAACUUCACUUGCUCGGCUCAACCUGCGCAACAACUACUUCCCUCACCUGCCAGUGGGCGGGGUUUUAGAGCACCUGCACGCUGUGGUGCAGAUCGACUUGAAUCAGAACCCUUGGGACUGUGCGUGCGAGAUUGUUCCAUUAAAACAGUGGUUGGAUACGUUAAGCUCUGUGGUUAUUGUUGGUGAAGUGCUGUGUAAGACACCAGAUGCCAUGCAGGGAAAGGAUUUGCGCUCUCUGAGCCUGGAGGUGAUUUGCCCCGAGCUUUUAAAACCAUCCUCAUCUCCGGAUGAACAUGAGAUGGAGUUUUCGCCCUCAUUCCCUCCUAAAGCUGUCAUUCCACUUUCUGUGCUCGUCCUCAGCCUCGUCGUUCUGUUCGUCUCAUCGUUCUUUGCUGCUGCGGCACUCUGUACGUUUAUUAUGAAAAAGCGGGACAAGCUUCCGUUUAGGAAGCAGGAAGAGGCGGGGCUAACUGGAAUUCAGAUGGAGUGUGGAAUAUUUACAGAAACUCCACCCACACUGCCUGAAACUCCACCCUCUAACCAUGUCUAUGAGUGCAUCACUGUGCCAGCUUCGCAAUGUGCAGCUUACGAGCGUGGGCGAGAGGGGGCAGGGCCUCUAGGGCUUUGCAAGGAGGAGGCAGGGCCUCUAGAGCGUAAGUUGGAAGGGGCGGAUUGUGGAGAGAGCAGCUCCAAUUACAGAACGACACUUGAAAAAGAGGAGGAGUGGACAACUGUAGUCAGCCAUGCUCCCAUCAACACCGUGACGGAUAUUGCUGGUUUCCAUGGGAACGGAAUACUCUGUCCGACGGUGAUUGACAGCCAAGGGCCGACUCCCAAAGUGGGAUUGGUACACAGCCUUUUCGGGAUGAGUUCCUGGUUGGGUGACAUCAGUCCAAAGCAAGCGCUCGCCAUGGACACAGAGGCGAGGACAGACUGUGCUAAUCAAACCCAGAGCAAUUACACCAACCUCAGCGCAAGACUGAAAACCAAAAUGGAUUAUGUUGAUGCGCUGGAGAGAUCAUAUCAAUUUUAAAACAUUUCUAAAAUAAAAGUCUUAACUUCCCCAUCAUCUUUCUUCCAGAAUUGAAUAAUGGUAAGACGGAACGCCACGUUGCUCUGGAGGAAAUCCCCGUACUCUGACUUUUAUAACAAGUGCCUUCAUGAGAGCAGCCAGCAACGAUGUAAAAAUGAUUAUUUUUAUAGAAUUACAGUUUAUUUAUCUAAAACACAGAUUUAAGGCAAAAGGACAAAGCUGCAAAAGGAAAGAGCAAUGCGUCUGAACCACAGAUCUCCAUAUUAGACACCUACGUAGCUGAUGACAUCAUUACUUACACUAUUGUGUGAUGAGGAAAUCUAAAAUAACAUAUACUGUUAGUUUAUGUGUAAUGUAAAGGACUUGGGAGAUGUUUUAAAGAUGUUUAUUUACAGAAAAGUAAACAACAGGCAAGGCACGAUACAAUCAUGCUGAGAACGUGCACAAUACGGAAUCACUGGCAAGACCUCACAACAUUUUAAUCACGUGUUUAUAUAGGGCUAGACCAGGAACUUUUCGGUAUUCACUUGCGGUGUAGAGUAUUCAAGUGAGGGAGGACCUCUGCUGGUGUGGAGGUAAAUCAUCACAGUAUGAAUAAUGAUGUCACAAUCACAUAUUUCUAGACGCGUACAUCCCGUAAAAUCUUUUUUUAACUGGGAUGAACUGUUUUUUUUUUUUUUUUUCAGAGAAAAGUGUAUUUACACACUAUUUUGAUAUUAAUGAAGCAGAUUUUAACAAGUACAUAAGAAAUUUAGCACUAAAUAAUUAAAUCGUUGCACUGUUACUGUAGUAUUAUAUAACAUUUAACAUCAUCCAGUGUGACAUUGUAUGCAAACUGCAACAUUUAUCUAAAUAUAAUCGCUACAAGCACGCAGCAUUAUAAGAAUUAUUUUAAUUUAAAAAUUAUACAAUUUUAUUAAUUUUGCAUGAUAUUCUGUGACUUAUAAUACGCUGGGAUUUAACGCAGCUGUCUCUACUUGCAGUUAUUUUAUUGCACUAACAGUAGCCAAACUGCAUCAUGCAUAACGACCCAAAACGCUCUCAUUUAUAAAUAUUUAUAGUUUAAAAUUGAACAUUUAGCUCCUUUAGACAACAAAGCAUCUAGAUUAGCUAGAAGAAAGCAUAGUUAGCAGUUCCAUAGUUCCUUAAUUAGCUAGCUGACUAACAUUCCCCAAUAUGCUCGAGAUGUAAAUAUUUAUUUCAAAAUGCUUGUCUAGGAUGCAUGAAUGUUUAGUCGUUAACAUUACUUCAAACAGUUUUUCCAGUCUUCCAUAUCUUGCUGCUAAAAAAUAUACCUUCUGCUACCAGUAGCUUGUAAGCUAUCAUGCUAAUCAAGUGAAAACUGUUAGUGGCUUUCAGAAAGCAAAAACUGAAGAUUCAUUUUGAAAAAUAAAAUCUUUUCUUAAAUCAUUAGGAGAUUAGCCAGCUGCAUAAUGUCAGAGAAAAGCUAGGAUACAUCAAAAAUAUCUAUAAAAAAAACUAGCUAAUGUCAGAGAAAACUGCCCAAAGUAAAGCUAACUAAUGUCAAAAAAUAUCUACGAACUGACUAGUUAAUGUGAGAAAUUACCUAAUUACCUAAUUACCUAAAACAAAAGCUAGCUAAUUUUAAAAAUAUAACAGUUCAAAAUGACUAGCUAACAUCAGUGUAAAUUACCCAAAUACAAGUUAGCUAUUGUUAAAAAUAUUCACAAGUUGGCUAGCGAACAUUAGAGAAAAUUCCCUGAAAAAAGCUAGCUAAUUAAAAAAAUAUCCAAAAACUGGCUAGCUAACAACAGAGUAAAGUCCUGAAACAAGAUUAGCUAAUUUUAUAAAUCUACCCAAACAAAUAUAAACAUUAGUUUUAAUCCCCCAAACAAAAGCUAGUUAAUCUUAACAAUAUCUACAAAAAAAAAAAAAAAAAAACUGGCUAGCUAACAUCAGUGAAAAUUUCCCAAAGAAAACUUAGCUAAUGUUUAGAAAAAACACUGUCUAGUUAAUGUUGGGGAAAAUCUAGCAAAUCUUAUGGGCUAUACCCAAAGAAAAGGUAGCAUGCUAGUUUAAGGGUUUCAGUAUCAGUAGUGCGCACUGACUAGGGCACUAAUAUGGAUAUCUGUGGUAUGAAGCCUGGCUUUUAUUCUGUGGAUUAUUUUUGUUUUUGUUUUUCUUUCCCGUGAUUAGCAACGUUUCAGCAACGGAGUGAAACUGUACAGCAUUUUUAUUCAACAUUUAAACUGAUCAUCGUUACGGACCGCGAUGAGGCCGGACGCACAUUUUUAUAAUCAUCCAUCUGCGUGCAGGACGUGUGCUUAUAUUUAUUCUUAUAUUUCAGUGUUAUUAAUUAUUAAUUAUUCUUAAUUAUUAUUCCUGUACAUCAUGUUUAAUUAAUCAGUAUACGAUGAUUCUGCCUCUCGUUUAGCCUGAAUUGAAUAAAGGAAGAUAAAUGCGAAUCGCUAAGUACUGCUCAUGCUAAUGUGCACUUGUUCACUUCCCCUAGUUACCCUGAAGUUUGUAUCACCUACAUCGCACACUUGCACACUAUUUUAGCUCACUGACUACCUAACAUCUAGCUAGCUAUGACCCGAUAACUACCUGAGUGUUAACGUGCCUAACAUGCUAAUUUACUGAUUUGUUAUCCAGCAAGGAGGAUAACUACCUAAUUUGUUAAACAGUUGAGUUGUUAGUUGAUUUGUUAAGUAGCAUCCUUGCUAAUUGCUUAACAUUGCUAAUUCUCUAAUUUGUUAUGAACAUUGUAAGUAGCUAAUUUGCAAAACAACCUAGCAUCUAAUAUUCAUUUCAUCACAUUAAAUGUUACUUGAUGUUAGCAUGUUUGAGCAAGCAUGAUAACUAGCUGAAUUGUUAAGUAGCUAGAUUGCUAACUACCACGCAAAUUAUCUAGUUUACUACCUAGCUACCCUUAUCUAAAAAAAAAAAAAAAAAAUCUGGGUAGCUGACUAGCUAGUGUGUAAAUGACCUGGAUCGCCACCUAGCUAGCAUGAUAAUUAGCUGACUGUGCUAAAUAACUGGCUUGAUAAAGAGCUAAUGUGCUAAUUGCCUGGCUGGCUCUUAAGCUAGCAUGAUAUUGACAUGCCACCACUGGAAGAAGUCAAAAAGGGGUGGGGCUUACAAAUACAAAUGUGAUCAUGUGACAUCGCCGUUAGCACUUCCUUCCAUGCCUUCAUCUUGACGUACUGUUUAGCCUCAUAGCCCAAUGUUAGCUAGCUUGCUAGCAAACUUCGCCACUUGUUUAAGUGACACAAUGUAAUAGUUCAUUUAAAUUCAGCUACCAUGUUUGCGAACUUGACUAGUGUCAGAUUGCGACUAUUAGAGAUGUAAUGGAUAAUGCUAGUUAUGCUAACACAUUUAGCUGGCUAACAUUAGCCCAGGGCUUAGCUAAUUAUAUUUUCCA